AUGAGCUUCCUCCGCAGAGUGGCUGGGCGCUCCCUUAGAGAUAGGGAGGAAUUUAGCCAUCCUGUUGAAAGUCUGGCCCUGACUGUGGAUGAGGUCAUCAACGUGCGCCGUGUGCUUGUCAAGGCCGAGAUGGAAAAGUAUCUUCAGAGCAAGGAACUGUACAACAACUUGAAGAGAGGCAAAGUGUGCUGCUGUUGUCGAGUGCGCUUCCCUCUGCUCUCAUGGCCCUCCUGCUGCCUGUUCUGCAAGAGGUCCGUGUGCAGUGCCUGUAGUGCCAAGAUGAAGAUCCCGUCCAAAAAGAUGGCCCACAUCCCAGUGUACGCUGUAGGCUUUCAUGCUGCACCCAAAGACCAAGGACACAAGAGCCAAGUGCUCAAGUGUGAGCACAGUGUAUGUCUGGAGGAAGAGUUCCCUCAGCUCUACACUCACGGUUGCAGCCUGCGCGACGUCUGCUCCGACUGCUCCAAUUUUGUGGCUGACGUGGUCUGGUCCAGCCGCCGCAGUCUGCACGUCCUGAACACGCCCAAGAGAGAACCCAGGACUGACGUUCUGUCUGAACGUGCCCAAGAGAGAACCCAGGACUGA